AUGACAACACACACCGAGAAAAGUACCGCAGAAGAAGACUCUGAUAUUAUUGAGUUUUUGAACCGUAAGUUAGCAAAUCUUACAGUGGCGUCUGAUGCAGCAGAAGUAUUAGGAAAGAACGAUGACGGCUUGCCAGUUUGUGAAGUAUCAAUGCUGCUACCUCAUUAUGCAGAAGUUGUUUAUAAUGCGCUUCAUUCUUCCGUGCGACAGUUACGACUUGCUGCAGUUGUAAGAUUACGAAAAUAUUUGUCUUUGCAAAAUGUCGAUGAAAGAGUUGAUAAUGUCUUGGCGUUGGGAAUAAUACCAUUAUUGAUAGAAUUUCUUGAAUGUUAUCAUGAUAAUUUAUUACAAUAUGAAACAGCCUGGAUAAUUACUAAUAUAGCUGCUGGUUCUACUCAGCAUACACAAGCUUUAGUCGCUGGUGAUGUAACACAACACCUUAUCAAAGUGCUUACUACUUCAAGUAAUAUCGAAGUUCAGACACAGAUUAUAUGGGCAUUAGGCAAUAUUGCUGGUGAUGGCGCCGUUUUCCGAGAUAUUAUAUUAUCGGCUGGAGUGAUCGAUCCUUUACUCUACAUCUUAACUCAUUAUGAUAAAUACGACUAUAUGGCCGUCAGGAUAACGGUCUGGGCAACUGCAAAUAUGUGUCGUGGGUGUCGCUGUUCGGAUCCUUCGUGGUCUCUGAUUACUCCUGCUUUUCCAAUUUUGGGCGCCAUGGUACAAUUGAACGAUAUUGAAAUUAUAUCUGAUGCUUGUUGGGGCAUGUCGAGAAUUUUGAAUGGAACGCAUAAGCAUAGAGAGCAUGCUUUAAAGCAAACACAGUCAGUUAUAGAUGCUGGUGCAUUGACCGUUCUGACGUCUUCAUUUUUGACAACUAAAAAUUUAACACUAAGGCGUGAUGCAUGUCUAGCGGUUUCCAAUGUGGCUGCCGGUACAUAUAAACAGGUAAAUGCUGUACUUACGGAACCAAAUCUAAUGGAGAAUAUUGUCGCUUUACUUUGGGAUAACGACAUGAAAGUCGUUAAAGAAGCUUGCUGGGUUCUUAGCAACUCCACUAGUUUACAUAACCCCGGUCAUAUUCAAAUCAUCCUUCAACACGAUAUUAUAUCGCCUUUUCUCCAUCAUUUACGUAUUCCUGGAACGUCACAUGAAAUAUUGAACAAACUUAUCGAUACAUUAGUUAAUAUCCUUUCGGUUGGUGAUUUGUCAGGUCCAAAUUCAUCACAGAUAUUGGCUAAUGAAUACGCUGACAAAUUAGCAUCUGCAGGAAUAGUAGAGGCUUUAAUUAUGACAUGGAAUAACCCUGUAAUAAAUGAAGUUGUAAAAGAAAAAGUGCGCGGAUUAUUAGAACGGUGGUUUUAUGGAUAUUUACCGCGAAAUGAAGAAAAUGGUGAUGAAAUUGAAGAGGAUAUUGCGUCAAUUGAAGAACGAGUUUCAAGAUUGACCAUCAUGGGUGGUGUUUUUUAG